GCCAAAGCGAAGGUGGAACGGAUGCAUGCUAACGAGAGCGGCGUCCACUUGAAGGCAUCAUGCUUGAGCGAAGCUGCCAAAGACGAAGACACACUCAAUGAAUCAGCAGUGGGACGACCUGGACUUCUUGAUCAACUCAAUGCGAACGCCAAACCAAAGCAUCGAUGAGUUGAUUAAUUCCCUCGAAAGCAUCGAUUUCGCCGGAAUGUUGGAACAUCCAUGCAGCAAAAGGAGAACCCAACACGAUGAUCAAGAACUCUAUGAAGAUGGGCACUGUUACCUUCACCAAGCGGCGAACGUUAGCGACGUUGACAACGACGAAUGUGGCUUGACUAUCACGGUCGCUUUCACAAUGGAAGACAUUCAAAAUGCAUGGGGCGACAAUAUACUUGCAGAUAACUUGCUGAACAUACCCAAACGCGAGCGCUUGAGGGCCAAGACUAUCUUCCUCAACCUGCUUCGUGUGCUUCGGGUGCUUGUGCCAGCUUUCGACGCGUCCUGCAAGCGAAUUUCCCAGUCCCACGCCAUGAAACCUGUGCAUUGCGCCAAUAGAAUCCUCGAGUUACUCUCUGAUGCACUUUAUUGUGAAGGAAAACUUUAAGUGUAUCCAUUGCUUGCGC